AUGGCUGAGCGCCCAGGCUUUUUGCUCACUCCAAUCCCAAAGAAGGAGAAGGACCACAUCAACAAAGGCCAGCUCGUCAUUCACUGCCACGGAGGAGGCUACACUCGAGGACAUCCUUUGUGGACGCCACUUAGCGCCAAGCUCACACGCGACACGCGCACCCCAAUCCUCUCGGUCCAGUAUCGAAAGUGCGUGACCGAAGCGACUGCGUAUCCGGCGCCCCUGCUCGACGCACUCUCUGCAUACCACUAUGCGACGCACGAGCUUUGGUACGCGGCGCGCGAUAUUGUGCUGGUUGGCGACAGCGCCGGCGGUAACCUCGUGCUGGCCGUCAUGCAGAUGCUCUCCAAAACCGGGCAGCAGCUGCCGCGCGGAGUGGCACUCAGCUCGCCGUGGUGCGACCUGACAUUCUCUCACCCAUCAAUCUGGCACAACAGCUACGUCGACUACCUGGCACUAAACGCGGGCAAAGCUGUCGUUGCUAGUGUGGCUCGACACUACACUCCGAGCGCGAUUCGAGGGCCCCUCCUCUCUCCAGCACUGGCACCCGCUGGAACGUGGAAGCGCUUGGCGGGGGAGCGGGUGAAGAAGGAGGUCGGGACGCGGGUGUUUGUCCAGGUCGGCUCAGGCGAGGGCAUGUACGACGAAGCCAUCGCACUAGCAGAUACCAUGCGCGGUGACGGCGUGCGGGUCGAGAUCGACGUCGAGGAGGGCGGCCUUCACUGCGGCGCUCUCACCGGAUUCCUCGGUGAAGAUGCGUAUACAAAGUUUGCAGAGGGCACCGAGCGGCUCCUCCGGGGCGGGGGGUUGCGCCGCGAGUCGAUGAACAUUGGCGAGGUGGCGGACAAGGCUCUCAGCCUGUUGUAG